UAAAAUUUGUCCUUCCACUGUUGCCGUAGAGAAACGCACUUCAAACCCGGACUGAAAUGUCACUUCACAAACUGGUGUCGCUGUCCGUCGCAGCUCCGGGGCUCAUGGCCGUGAUGGGCGGCACGGUGCACGCCGCCACGGAGGGCAAGAAGAAGAACACAGUGCCAGCUCUCCUGAGCAUUGACCAGCUGCCGUCUCUGUACACCAGUCCGGACACAGAGCCUCAGCAUGUGGAACCGGAGGCGGGGCCGGUGGAGAGGGGCGUGGCCUCCCUGAGGAAGUUGGCCGAGCCUUACACAAACAAAUGUCAGCAAACAUGUCAGACUGCGUUGGAGAAAGCCGAGAAGGUUUACAGGACGGCAGAGCCCACCAUCAGCGCCACCGUCACGACGGUCACAGACGUCUAUCAGUUCAUCAGCGACCCGCCGCCUGACCUCUACCCCAGCGUCGGGGUCAUCGGCUUCUCCGGCUUCCUGGGACUUUAUCUGGCCAAAGGCUCCAGGGUGAAGAGGCUGGUUUUUCCUGUAGGACUGAUGGUGCUCAGUGCCUCCAUGUUUUACCCUCAACAGGCUGCCUCCUUAUUCAAGGUGAGCCGGGACUCGGCGUACGGCUGGGCUCAGCAGGGCCGCGCCGCCGUCGAGACGCUGUGGAAAGAGCCGCCGUUCGGCAAAAAGAAGGCCGAGAAGAAAGAACGGGCAGAGAGCAACAGUGCAGACAGCUGAAACACACACACACACACACACACGCCAUCUCUAUCUGAUCUGAUCAUGACUUAACGCUUAGCAGGAAUACAGACACCCACACUGUGCUGCUCUUGUAUCUGAACUGUCUGCACAUCUCUCUCUCACACACACACACACACACACACACACACACCACUGUGCCAUAGAUAAAGUUUUCCAACCUUGGUAUUAAAAGAUGAAUUUUACAGUCACUCCUGGAAGAAAAUCCCGUCCCUUUAGACGACCUCAGCGCCUCCAGAGAAGGACCAAGCCGUUUGAUUUUCAGCGUUAACGAGUAAAGAUGGCGGCACAGCGCAGGAAACACAUCAUCCGUAAUCACCUGUAGGUUCAACACACAUCUCUUCACUCACACCGACCUCCUUAUUUAUUCGUUAGAGCUGCACCAGGCAACGUAGCUCUUGUGUUUUCUGAGCUUCAAAAACCCAGAAUUGCUGCCCUGCGAGGAAACACGGCAGCGGCUUUUUAUUUUUGUGCUUUCCAAAUGUCGCGACUGAAGUUUAGAAAUUCAUUUGGCAAAAGUUAGAGGCGUAGGUGCAGCUCAUCACUGUGUAUUAUGAUCCGUUUCUGUACCGAGAAUAGUUUUGCCAGGAGGUAAUGAAGACCAAGAUGGCUGUUUUUUUUUUUUCCUUAGGCUUGCCUGGUGCAACUUUGUUUUUUGAUUCUUGAUAAUGUAAGAAGAACAUUUGGUGCCAUGAUGUGUUUUGUUGCUUUGACCCGUUCAGACAUUCCCUUUGACUUCCCCAGAGGUUCUCUUAAUAUCGAUUCAGGUUGCAGCCAAAUGAAUGCUAUAACUAUGCUGCCAUAACGGGCAAAAGUUGUGUGUUAACGAGCUCGACUGACUUGAGUGUGAAUUGUGAUAAUUAUGAUGUUUGUCCAUGUCCAAUAAUGCACUGUACAUAUACCUAUAUAUAUCUAUAUAUAUAUGAUGUUUUGUCCCAAUAAAAUGUAAUCUAACCUCA